ACACUCUCUCUGUACUCAGUUCAAGUAUCAGCUUGCAGCACAACAGCAGCCUCCUGUUCACUCUCAGUGCCUGUCCACUUCCAUCUCUUCGAUCAAAAUGAGGACCGCUCACUUCAUCGCUAUCGCUGUCUCGCUGCUUGCUGCAGCCACAUUCGUCGCAGCCACCGGAUACUCCUCCAGCCUCAUCAAUGACUGCGAUUUCGACGUCAAGGUCGACAUCGUGCUCAUCCCUGGUCUGCAGCUCGGGUCGCUGGGUCUCAUCACCGUCGUUGCCCACACUGUCCAGUCCGUGCUCUACACCAUAACGGGCCUCGUCUCCAGCCUGCUCGGCCUGACCUGGAAGAUCUCCGCUGUGAUCGACGGGGUCCUGUGCACCGUCAACGUGCUGGUGCCCGUCAAUGGGACGGUUCACAUUGUCCAGACGGCGGUUGGCACAGUCGCAGUCCUCGUCAACAAUGUGGUCAAGGGCUACCUUCUUCAAUGAUCUAUACGCGGAACCCCACUGUCAGAAACAGGUUCGGUACUCGCUGGUGAAGACGGAUGGGAAAAAUUUGAGUCAUACAAUCCUCUAUCAGACCUGUAUAUGGCAUAGAUCUAACUGCUAGGAUGGAUACGGUCCGCUCUUCACAAUUGUAAUAUAUCGCAUAAAUAUUACUAAAGCAGUUCAACAAGGCAAUGCUUUCCUUUUUUAAUUGC